AAAAUCACACUUUUUCUAGCUUUAAGAUUAAUAAACUUGAAUAUUUCUUGAUUUUUUUUUAUAAAAAGAUGGAAUCUUGUUGUGCUACUUUUAAGACUAAUAUGCAUGUUGAAAAGGAUCAAAGCUGUAUAAAAAAUGGGUUUUGGGGAAAAAAGAUCAAUAUUUCUGCAUCCCAUUUUUGUAAAAGUGAAAGUAAGAAGAUCAAGCAACUUAGAGUUACUCAUUCUGUUCUUAAGUCACCAGUUGAUGAGGAGAUUUUGACAUUUGAGGCACCAUUUUUUGAUGAGAAAAAAGUAGACCCAAAAACAGUAGCUUCCAUUAUCUUGGGUGGAGGUGCAGGGACAAGAUUAUUUCCUCUUACUGGCAAAAGAGCUAAACCAGCUGUUCCAAUUGGUGGAUGUUACAGAUUAAUAGAUGUUCCUAUGAGUAAUUGCAUUAAUAGUGGUAUAAGGAAGAUCUUCAUCUUGACACAAUUUAACUCAUUUUCACUAAAUCGUCACUUGGCUCGAACUUAUAACUUUGGAAAUGGCAUGAGUUUUGGGGAUGGAUUUGUGGAGGUUCUGGCUGCCACUCAAACACCAGGGGAAGCUGGAAAGAAGUGGUUUCAAGGAACAGCAGAUGCCGUUCGCCAGUUUAUAUGGUUGUUUGAGGAUGCUAAGAACAAGAAUAUUGAGAAUAUAGUAAUACUAUCAGGCGAUCAUCUAUACCGAAUGGACUAUAUGGACUUUGUUCAGAAACAUGUCGACACAAAUGCUGAUAUUACAGUUUCUUGUAUUCCGAUGGAUGAUAGCCGAGCAUCUGAUUAUGGGUUAAUGAAGAUUGAUGAAACAGGAAGAAUAGUUCAUUUUGCUGAAAAACCAAAGGGCAACUUGCUAAAAUCAAUGCAAGUUGACACCACCGUUCUUGGGUUAUCUAGCCGUGAGGCUUUGAAAAACCCAUACAUUGCAUCAAUGGGCGUUUAUGUAUUCCGAACUGAAGUUUUGCUAGAUAUGCUAAAGUGGAAGUACCCGUCAUGCAAUGACUUCGGGUCUGAAGUUAUUCCUUAUGCGGUUGCAGAACACAAUGUCCAAGCUUAUCUAUUCAAAGAUUACUGGGAGGACAUUGGAACCAUAAAGUCUUUCUUUGAUGCUAACUUAGCCCUUACUGAACAGCCUCCAAAGUUUGACUUUAAUGAUCCAAAGACUCCAUUCUUCACAUCGCCAAGAUUUUUACCUCCUACUAAAGUUGAAAGAUGCAGGAUUGUGGAUGCAAUAAUUUCUCAUGGCUGCUUCUUGAGAGAAUGUAGUGUUGAACACUCGGUCAUCGGUGUGCGUUCACGUUUGGACCAAGGGGUGGAGCUAAAGGAUACCAUGAUGAUGGGCGCAGACUACUAUCAAACUGAUUCAGAAAUCGCAGCACUGAUGGCAAAUGGAAAAGUUCCAAUGGGGGUUGGACCAAAUACGAAAAUCACGAAUUGCAUAAUUGAUAAGAAUGCAAAAAUUGGAAGAGAUGUAGUCAUUGCAAAUAAAGAUAACGUUGAAGAAGGAGACAGAUCGGAUGAAGGGUUUUACAUAAGAUCAGGAAUAACAGUAAUUCUAAAGAACGCGACUGUAAAAGAUGGAACAAUCGUGUAAUAAAAUGAGAUUAAUAGGCGGUUAAUGGUUAGAUAUUUUAACUGCUGUAAGUGUACUAUUGCAGUAUUACAUUUUCUGACAUUUUUACUAUCUCAUGUAUAAUAAAGAAGCCUUUAACGGUCA